GAACGCUGCCUGAACAAAACAACAAACAUAAGAUUCGAAAAAACUUACGAUGAAAACUACGUUAUUAAAUGUGAAAUAUUGAAGCCAAAGCUUGUGAGUACUGUUCGCCACACUUAUCGACUGUAUGCAGUGAAUAGUUCAGAAGUGUUGAGUGAAAAGAAAUUCGACACUCACACCGAUUCACAUUACUUCAAACCUGAAGAUCUGAAAGAAGGACUAGCAGGAAAGCACCUGUACUGCUCCUACCAGUACACAGACGCAUCAACGGGUGUGAGUUGUAAAGAAGUUAGAAGUGAAAACACUCUCGAAAUGGGAUAUGUUUGCCCAGAGAAAAGUGCUAAUGUGAUGGAUUCAGGGGCCAAUUUGACGAUGGCUCUAUUAGGCCCGCAAGAGUUUUAUUGCAUCAACAACGGCACCACAUGCCCAGUCACUGCAACCAUCAAGUUCAGAAACAACCUCAUGCCUUGCCGUACAAUGUCCUCGUCACCUGAAUCGACCGCAACCAAUGGCCUAACUCCAGCGCUCCUGGUAAAAGACAGCUGUACAUCGCAGUUCAGUCAGACAAACUGGAAGUCUGGCAUCGACGUCGAGUUAUUCAAGAACGCCAAUACUUUCGUUGGAAAACAAAGUGCUCAGAUCACGGUAGAGGCACACUUUGAAAUGCUGCAAGGGACAAAACUAGAAAGUCUUAAGACAUGUCAUCCAGUAACAAUGCGGUUUCACCAAGAACAGAUACCUCCAGAAUCGUGUUGGUCUUACACAGAUCCCCACAUCCGAACAUUUAGUUUCAUCAGUAUCACUUCCAUGGCUCCUGGAAACUACCUGAUGUAUAAACAUCAUUUUACGGACACUGAGGUACAUACCAGACAACGCCAAUGUAUUGAAUAUAUCGAUGAUAAGGAAAUUGGUUGCAACCAGGCAGUGUCAAUCAGGUCGAGAAAUAAUGUGGUCGUGUACGAAGUAAACGACGGCCUGUUAAAAGAAAAAAGACUUAUGAAUGACACUUUGGUACCAAUAAACAUAAAAACCGUAAGAACAGAACGCAGUUAUGAGGUGCAUCUCUCCAACGGGGAUGUCGUCUAUGUGUGGCUAGAAAAAACAAAAUUUUCUCUGACAGUAUACAUUUUGUCAUUAACAGCAAAUUUGAACAACAUUGAAGGGUUCUGCAGCUUAAAGAAUCAAGCUACGGCAACAAAAGAUAUAGAAGCUCUAAGAGUUCCUGAUAACACAGCAGCAAAUUUUGAAUCCAUACAGAAACGGACAAAAUCUGCUGGUUUAAGAAAAUACUGCAAAUGUGGAGAAGGCACCGAAAAUUGUUUAGAUACCUUCCAGUAUUAUCAUUGUGAACAUCCUUAAAAAAUGUAACUGGAUUUUCUCUGAUUCUUGCAUUUCUCUAUUUACCUUAGAGUUAUGAAGUUUUUUUUGUGCAUAAAAUAUGUAAUUGAAUUUUCUCUGAUUCUUGCAUUUCUCUAUUUACCUUAGAGUUAUGAAGUUUUUUGUGCAUGAAAUAUGAAACUGGUUUUUCUCUGAUUCUUGCAUUUC